ACAUUUCAGUUCUAGUGAAACCACCGGCUGGUUUGGUUUAGUGGCGCUCUCGUCUUCUUGUUGCAACUUCGUAAGGAAAAUAAAGUGUAGUCGUGAUGUCGAUGCUACGUUUGAUUGGUGCUGAGGCCCGCCUUUUGGCCAAGCGUGCCUAUUCUUCAGCCGCACCCACCACCAAAAUGUUCAUUGAUGGCAAAUUCGUGGAUUCCAAGACUAGCGAUUGGAUUGAUUUGCAUGAUCCAGCCACCAAUGAGGUCGUUUCGCGUGUUCCCAAGUGCACCAAGGACGAGAUGCAAGCUGCUUUGGAAUCCAAUAAGAAGGCCUUUAAAUCGUGGUCCAACACUUCGAUUUUGUCCCGCCAACAGGUCAUGUUCAAAUUGCAGGCCUUGAUCAAAGAAAAUAUGGGUGAAUUGGCCAAGAACAUUACCAAGGAGCAGGGUAAAACUUUGGCCGAUGCUGAGGGUGAUGUUUUGCGUGGCUUGCAGGUUGUUGAACACUGCUGCAGCAUUCCCUCGUUGCAAAUGGGUGAGACCGUGGCCAAUGUUGCCCGCGAUAUGGAUACCUACUCUUUGGUUUUGCCUCUAGGUGUGGUGGCCGGUAUUGCUCCCUUCAACUUCCCCGCCAUGAUUCCCUUGUGGAUGUUCCCUGUGGCCAUUACCUGCGGCAACACCAUGUUGUUGAAGCCCUCCGAACGUGUUCCCGGCUCCACCAUGAUGUUGAUGGAAUUGCUCAACGAAGCCGGCUGCCCUCCAGGCGUUGUCAAUGUCAUCCAUGGCCAACAUGAUGCUGUCAACUUUAUCUGCGAUGCCCCUGAAAUCAAGGCUGUUUCCUUUGUGGGCUCCGAUCAGGCUGGCAAAUACAUCUACGAACGUGCCGGCAAGAAUGGCAAGCGUGUCCAGAGCAACAUGGGAGCCAAGAAUCAUGGUGUCAUCAUGGCUGAUGCCAACAAGGAAAACACUUUGAAUCAAUUGGCUGGUGCCGCUUUUGGUGCUGCCGGUCAACGUUGCAUGGCCUUGUCCACCGCCGUCUUUGUGGGUGAAGCCCAAAAAUGGAUCCCCGAUUUGGUUGAACGUGCCAAGAAAUUGAAGGUCAAUGCCGGCCAUGUUCCCGGAACUGAUGUGGGCCCCGUUAUCAGUGCCCAAUCCAAGAAACGCAUUAACGAAUUGGUUGAGUCUGGAGUCAAACAAGGCGCCAAAUUGGUGUUGGAUGGACGUUCCCACAAGGUUCAAGGCUAUGAAAAUGGUUACUUUGUUGGACCCACCAUUUUGUCUGAGGUCACCCCCGAUAUGACCUGCUACAAGGAGGAAAUUUUCGGCCCCGUCUUGGUCAUCCUCAAUGCCGACACCAUCGAUGAUGCCAUCCAAAUGAUCAACAACAACCCCUAUGGCAAUGGUACUGCCAUUUUCACCACCAACGGUGCCACCGCCCGCAAAUUCGUCAACGAAAUUGAUGUCGGCCAAGUCGGUGUCAAUGUACCCAUCCCCGUGCCCCUGCCCAUGUUCUCCUUCACCGGUACCCGCGGCUCCUUCCGUGGCGAUCACCACUUCUAUGGCAAACAAGGUGUCAAAUUCUACACCCAAACCAAGACAGUGACACAAUUGUGGCGUGAGACUGAUGUUAGUCAUACCCAAGCCGCUGUGGCCAUGCCUACCAUGAAGUAAAGUUGCCUUAUGAUAUCAGGGGGGGAUUUGAGGGGCUGUAAUCUAAGGUCUUCCAUUUGUGUAUAAGUAUCCAAAGUAAAUAAAAACAAAAAAUUAUAUUUUCUUUUUUUUUAAAUAUGCAAAUGUUCUUACUAUGGCUGCUUAUUUCGAGAACCUUGAUUUUUCCCCUUCAAAAACAAAAAAAAAAAAAACAUGAUUACCAAGUUCAGUGCAUUUAUUAAAUUUAAUUUAACGAAAAACAAAGUCCUAUAAACUUGAGUAUUAGUCUAAGAAAUUUUAUUGUAUAUGAAUAAAAUAGAAGUCAAUAGAGUAAACCAUUUGUGAAUGGUUGAAUAAAAUAAACAAACAAACAAAAAUAAAACCAAAUAAAAACAAACUUUUGAAGGAAAAUGAAAAAUAUUUAAAUCAAA